UGUAGUCUGCGGUACGUAUCAGCUGUUCGGUGACAGUUUGCCAGCCGUAAGAGUAGAGUGUCGAGGUUUAUUGUUUAGGGAAGCAAUAUGGCUAUCUGGUGAUUUGUAACAGUGCGAUACGUAGACAAAGGAACAACGCAGUUCUUAUGAUACUUGGAGACGCGUUGUGCACUCUGUUCUUAGUUUAAUUUAAAAGUAAAGGGAACAAUAAAGAAAUCGGCUAGAGAUGUUGGAACUCGAGGUAGUACCCGAAAGAUCCCUCGGUUGCGAGCAGUGGGAAUUUAUUUUAGGCAUGCAUUUUUCCCAGUCUGUGUCAAUAAUACAAUCCCAAGUGGGCAUUAUAAGAGGAGUACAAGUACUUUAUAGUGAUAGUAAUCCUUUAGAUGUAGAUUUAGUAAUAAAUUUACCUCAUGAUGGCGUUCGGCUUAUAUUUGACCCAGUGGUGCAAAGGCUCAAAAUAAUUGAGAUUUAUAAUAUGAAAUUAGUUAAACUCAAGUACUGUGGUUUGCCAUUCAAUUCACCAGAGGUUUUGCCAUCUAUUGAACAGAUUGAGCAUUCGUUUGGAGCAACUCAUCCUGGUGUUUACGAUAGUGACAAACAAGUAUUUGUGUUAAAUUUCCGAGGACUAUCGUUUUACUUCCCCAUUGACUCAAAAUUUCAACCUGGGUAUGCACAUGGAUUAGGAUCAUUACAAUUUCCAAACGGAACAUCUCCCCUUGUGGCAAAAACAGCCAUUUAUGUUGGUAACAUGGGUGCUGGAAGUGGAAGCGAUGAACAUAAUUUAAAGGCACCGCCACCACCUCUACCGCUUGUUUGCUAUCAUAACAAUUUGUAUUUAGAAAAGGCAGAUGUUAUGCGGGACAAAAUUCGUACACGAGGUCUUAGAUUGCACCUCUUUACAGAAGGCAGCUCUGUAACAAGGGUAUUAUUAGAGCCAAAAAAACGCUGCUUAACCAAAGAGGUGUUAUUCGGUGACACUUGUGAAGAUGUGCUGAGCGCCUUGGGAGCACCUUCUCGAGUGUUUUUUAAAGCCGAGGAUAAGAUGCGCAUUCACAGCCCUCACGCACACAAACGUGAUAAAAUAAGACGAUCAGAUUUCUUUUACAACUAUUUUACUUUAGGAUUGGAUGUUUUAUUUGAUGCCAAAACUCAAUGCGUUAAGAAGUUUGUGUUACACACAAAUUAUCCGGGCCAUUAUAAUUUUAACAUGUAUCAUCGUUGCGAGUUUUCUUUAACUCUUCCGCCAGAAAAUAAUUCCACUGAAUCGGGGAAACUCAUAGAUGUUUCUCCUUCUCCAGUUACGAUCACUGCCUAUACGAAAUGGGAUAGAAUAAGCGAGCAAUUGAAGGCUAGUGCACGGCCAGUAGUAUUGAACCGUGCUUCCUCAACGAACACAACAAAUCCAUUUGGGUGUACAUUUUGUUACGGUAUACGCGAUGCAAUUGUUGAAGUCAUGGCGAAUCAACACAUCGCAAGUGUAACUUUAUACAGAGCGGUGUGACCUUGAUAACUUAUACAGUAUAAUGGUGCAUUAUAAAGCGCUCUUUGAGGAGCAAUUGAUGGAAUGGUGUUUUGAAAAAGAUGAAAACAUACAAAAAAUAAGCAUGUUUUAACUUUGUUGGAAAUUGCAUGAUAACAUCAUCUUUGAAAAAGACUGUACGAUGCAAAGGGAAAUAAUGAGAGUGCAUGCAAAAUCCUCAUGCAGUUUCGUUUUUUUUUUUAACUAAUGUAAUAACAUGUGAGAAUUUUAAAUAAACAGAAUUAAAAGGAAAAAAGAAGAAAAUUGCUGAGAAAGCAAUGGUGGUGUAAAGCUCAGAAAAACAAGCGAUAUCAUUUUGAAUAUCAUGUAUUGUUGCUUGUAAUGAUUUAUAUUUUUUUCUCUGGGAUAUCUAAAGCCAGAGAAAUGAAACAAAACAAAAUGAAAAAAAAAAUGAAAUAAUAUCAUAAAAAAAAAAUAAAAAAAAUAAAAAAGACGAUCAACUAAGGGGUACAAGUGUCUGCAAUAUUCAAUAAUAUCAUAUUUAAUAUACCGUUUUUAUCUUUUGGUUAUAAGUUUUAAAUAUAGUUAAAGAAUAAAUAAAAAAAAAUGAUCUUGCGUGAGCGACGAAUAUUAUAAUAUUUGAGCUCGAUAAUAAAAAGAAAAAGAAAUAUAAAAAAAAGAAAGUAGUUUCAGAAAAUAACAGAAAUUUUGAUAGUUAAUGAUAAACUUAUGAUGACAGUAACGAUAAAAUAUAAUAACGUGCUUAGUGCAAGUAAAAGAAAAAAAAAACAAAAUAUCUAACUUUCGUAAACCAAAAUUUUAUAACGUGUGUUUAAGAUAACAGACAAAUAGAAACUAAAAAAAAAAAAAAAUGAAUGAUGAUACAAAAGCGAUGUUUUGGGUAUACAAAUUAAUAGACGUAAUACAUAUUAGAAUGGCAUUAUCCAUUCAAUCUGUGCAGAAUUGAAUGUAAAACCGCAAAAGUCUAACAAGAAACGAUAGAAGUGUACAUUAAAUAACAAAAGCGAUAUCUAUCAGUGCAGGAGGAAUUUAAAUUCAUGGCCUGUUUUUUACGCUUUUACCUAUCAAACUCUGAUCAUUGUGAUACGUGACGAAAAUUCGCGAUACAAUUUUAAUUGUUACUUCUUUGCAUUAACACGAACAAAAUAGAAAAAGAAGAAAAAAAGAAAGAAAGGAUAUUUAACUAAUUACUUUCUUAUACAUUUUUUGUGACGUUACAUAAUUCUUGUGAUUAUAAGUGUACUCUCAGAACUGAAUUAGUCUUUAAUUUUAGUCAUGUACUGGAAUACUACAACACUAUGAAUUUGUCACGAAGCUUAUAAUGCCAGAAGAAAAGUUCUUUUCAUUUUUUUUCUAUUCUAUGAAUUUGAGACUUCACGUUGAUGUUAAAUUGCACAAUCAUGUAUACCCUAUAUCAACUUGUUUCCCGCUAAUCGUAGGGUAUAAAGGUAAAUAUGUUUUAUGUAUGGUAUAAACUUUGAUAGUUGAUAAUCUACAGCGGUUAUAAGAUCUGUAAUGAAUAAUAAUCGUAAAAUAUAAAUAACAAAGAGUGCGUUCAAGAUUGGCACGCAAAGUAUGAAUGAUGAAUUACUUUGAUUAACACUUUUGACUGCACAGAUUCGUGACGAUUUUCCUUCCUAUAUACCGAAUUAGUGAAAAUUUUGUGGUCCAUGGUUUAUAAUAUAAUUCUCUGUAAAUUGUACGCUUCUGUACCCUUCAUUGGACACAGAUGAUAUUUUUCAUUUGAAGUUCAAAGUUGAAAAGUUAAGUGAUCUCAGAACAUAUACAUACAUAUAUAUCAAGAUUCGAAAGUAAAAGCGAUGGAAUAAAUAACGUUAUCAAGAAAAAGUGUUAAUUAACGCAUAAUUGUACAAAAAAGCUUUGAGAAACGUGAAACUGCGUGUUUAUCUGCGGGUGUUUUUGUUUCUCAAAAUCCUAUUUCGAUGGAAUACCUCCUGUUUUUGUCGACUUUGACUAUGUCAAUACUGUUUUGCGUGGAAAUUAUUUUCAAGUAAAUAUAUAGAGCAUAAAAUUCUCUAAAUAAGCUUCACUGAUCUUCAUCCGUCGACGCAAUAACAAAUUUUCAAGGCAGGUAGAAGUAAAAAAGAGAAGAAAAACGAAAUCAGUGAAUCUUCUAGAAAUUGUAUUCUCUAUAUAGUUAUUUUUAAUAAUUCUUCUCGAGAAAUCUCUCUAUUUAGUUUAUACAGAAACGAAUCAUUUUAUAUUGAAUGGAUUAUAAAAUUAUGUAAAACGAUUUUGUAUAAAUUAUUUUUCCUUCAA